AGCACGUAACGUUCUUGACACGCACGCCUGCGUUCUCUACGUUUUCGUGCGCCCGUCAGAUCGCUUUUCUUAGGUUGUCCCUCAGCAGCUUCCGUCUGUCAGACAUAUUGUCCCAGAGGAGCCGGGAGAGGCCCUGACAGACCGGGUGCAAGCAUGGACACCAUGGCAAGCCCCGGAAAGGACAACAGUCGGAUGAAGAGCUACAAGAACAAGGCUCUGAACCCUGAAGAGAUGCGCCGGCGUCGUGAGGAAGAAGGCAUCCAGCUCCGGAAACAGAAGAGGGAACAACAGCUCUUUAAACGUCGGAAUGUGGAGUUGGCUCCAGAGGAUACCGCCAUGUUUGACGGACCACUGAUGGAUUCUCAUGUCAGCUCUACCACCCCUGGGGAUGGAGUUAUUACCCGCGAGAUGGUAGCAUUACUUCUCUCUGAUGACCCUGACCUACAAUUAGCUACUACACAGAAAUUCAGAAAGCUCUUAUCCAAAGAGCCAAAUCCACCAAUAGAUGAGGUGAUCAAUGCCCCAGGAGUAGUAGAGCGAUUUGUAGAAUUUCUGAAGAAGAGUGACAACUAUACACUACAGUUUGAAGCUGCCUGGGCCCUUACGAAUAUAGCUUCUGGAACCUCACAACAAACCAAAAUCGUAAUAGAAGCAGGGGCAGUUCCAAUUUUCAUUCAGCUGCUAAACUCUGACUAUGAAGAUGUACAAGAACAGGCUGUUUGGGCUCUGGGCAACAUUGCAGGUGACAGUUCAGUGUGCAGAGACUAUGUUCUAAGCUGUGACAUCCUUCCUCCUCUUCUCAAUCUCCUUACCAAAUCAACCCGUCUCACCAUGACCCGAAAUGCAGUCUGGGCCUUGUCUAACCUUUGUCGAGGAAAGAACCCACCUCCAGACUUUGACAAGGUGUCUCCGUGUCUUCCUGUGCUGUCUCGUCUUCUAUUCAGCAGUGAUUCAGACCUGUUAGCCGAUGCCUGCUGGGCGCUUUCUUAUCUCUCCGAUGGCCCUAAUGAGAAGAUUCAGGCGGUCAUAGACUCUGGAGUCUGCCGCAGGCUAGUGGAGCUCCUAAUGCACAAUGAUUACAAGGUGGCUUCUCCAGCACUCAGGGCUGUAGGAAAUAUUGUCACUGGAGAUGAUAUCCAGACACAGGUCAUCUUAAACUGUUCAGCUCUUCCCUGCCUCCUUCAUCUUUUGAGCAGCCCAAAAGAGUCCAUCCGGAAGGAGGCCUGCUGGACAAUUUCAAACAUUACUGCUGGCAACAGAGGCCAAAUACAGGUUGUUGCUGAUGCAAACAUUUUUCCAGUUUUGAUUGAGAUUUUGCAAAAAGCUGAAUUUCGAACCCGAAAAGAGGCUGCAUGGGCAAUCACUAAUGCAACAUCUGGUGGCACACCAGAGCAAAUCAGGUACCUGGUGAACCUUGGCUGCAUUAAACCUUUGUGUGACCUUCUCACAGUCAUGGACUCAAAGAUUGUUCAGGUUGCCCUAAAUGGACUGGAAAAUAUACUACGGCUUGGUGAGCAAGAAGCAAAGCAUGGAGGCAAUGGUAUCAACCCAUAUUGUGGACUGAUUGAAGAGGCAUACGGUCUUGACAAAAUAGAGUUCCUGCAGAGCCACGAGAACCAGGAAAUCUACCAAAAAGCAUUUGAAUUGAUAGAACAUUACUUUGGAGUGGAGGAAGAUGACCCUCAGCUGGUCCCCUCUGUUGAUGAAUCUCAGCAGCAAUAUAUCUUUCAGCAAACAGAAGCACCUAUGGAAGGAUUUCAGCUCUGAACAAUGAUCCGUUGGACAAGCUAAGCCCUUGCCUCCAUAUUCUCCCUGCCAACAAGAGAGGGGGGGGUCAGGAAAAUUAAUCAGGACAUUCUUUCCUUCACCUCUUACACUCAUGCUUUAUUCAUGCAGAGUAAGCUGUGAUUCUGUUGGGCAUUUGAGCAUCUGCAUAUGAACUCCAGAGUCAACCAACUCUUUUUGCAAGGUCUAUGUAUACAAUCCACACUGACCCAAUGCUGAAACAUAUAUGCUUCUUUGAAAGUCUUUAUUUUUUGAGUUUCUUUUCUUUUUGUUUCUGUUUGAAAAAGAGACUGAUUGGAAUCAAACGCAUCAGAAAUGAGUGCGGUUAGCAUGUUGCCCUUGAUUUGGGGUGAGAUGCAGAAGGAAUUGUUCUCUUGGUUUUUCUUUUGUUGUUGGGAAAAAUUAUAGAUUUAUUUAAAAAUAAAAAAAAAACGAAGUGAAAGGGAGCGCAACAUGGUAAGAGGUAAUCUUUAUCUUUAGAGUAUAGCUUCAUUUAUAAGAGAAUACUUGCUGCUAUCUAUUGAAGUUAGCAAGUGUCACUACACAGGGUGGACUAUCAGGAGCAAAUUGAUCACAGCUGUAAAGGCUUGUUUGACAUGGGACGGAGGUUGCAGUGCAAGUUCCUAAUUGCCUUAAAUGUCCUUCCUGUGCUUGGCUUUAUUGAAGGUAACCGGUUUUUCGGGACUUCCUGUUAAUUGCAUUCAGAGCAGAACAAUAACAUUAAAUUAUUUUCAUCAAGAAA